AUGUCCUUGCUGACAGGGUGCGCUCCUAUCUUCACUCGCUCGGCUCAGCGUAACCAAAGAUCCGAUGUAACCCAAACAGCCGUACUCCCGGAGGACUCUCAGUUGACUGAAUUAUUGAGCGGAUCCGGUCGCCUGAGGCGACUUCAAGCAGUUAGUGGUUACCAGUUGCUAAGUGCUUGGCUCGAGAAUGGUGCGAUUGUUGCAUUCGGGUCCCACAGUAAUCAGCGGGAGCCCCGAGCAGAAACCUCACGGCAUAGUUUCUUGAUUCAACCGCAACCGUUGACCUACUUGCGAGGGUCUCUGUUAGCGUCCCGAUGCCAAGCUGGUCGAGUCGAAGGCGCAUGUCCAGAUACAGAAGAGAACCCUGGAAGUGGGGGCUGUUGUGUUGCCUACAAGGUCCAAUCAUGUCGCUUAACGCGGUCGCUGUUAUUCUGCAGGCAGAAGGCGACCGCUGCUGGAGCCUAG